AUGGGAUGUCUUUUUGGAAAAUAAGAAUAAGCGUAAAAUAGAUAUCAGAUGAAAGAGUAUGACAAAUUUAAAGUUCUACAAUUAAGUAUAAUAAAUGGUUAAUAUCAUCUAAGUUCAAAGUAGUGAAGAGAUGUUUUUAAUUUUUAAUCUUUAGGUAUAUUUAUUACUAAAUAGGGUGCAUGGUAUAUGAAAUUAUUAAACUUGUAGGAAUCACUGGAUAUAUUAGAAAUGUGAUGGCAAACUUCUAUUAUUUUUAAGUAAUAUAAGAAUCAUUAUAUUCUUUUUUAGGUUAGGUGCAUUAAGAUCAGCAGAUAUUCUCCCAAUUAUUUCCAAUAAACAAACAAAAUUUCAAAUUAGCAGUAAAAUAUGUAAUAUAUAUAUCAAGUUGAGUAAUUUACCUAAGCCCUUGUUUUACUAAAUAAUAUAAUCUGAUGAAGCUUUUUUAAAAAAGAAUAUGAUAAACAAAGAAGAAGUUUUUAAUGAACAAUACUCUUGUUUUGAUGAAUCUGAUAUCGAAAUGGAAUAAGAGCCAGAGAUUGAUUUAGCAAAUUAAUCAUUAGAUCUUUCUGGUAUAGACAAUAAUAAUAAUGUAUCUCCAAUAAAGAAAGCUAAUUUUGAUGAUGAAAAAAUGAAUCAUCAAAAAUUAAUCUAAGAUUAUUUGGAUCAUUAUUGUCCUUAAUCAGAAGAAUAAUUUUAUAAAUGGUUGAUAAAUGAAAAAGUAAUAUAAUAUCUUUAACAAUCCUUAUUUAUUAAUUUAUGGUUCAAUUAAUUAGAUCUGGAAGAAAAAUAUGUUUGGUAGAAAACAAAUACUAAUGCAUUUGUAAAAAGAAAAUUUUAAUUGAUUGAAAAUAAAUUGUUAAUUCUUUAUGGAUCAGAACAUCAAGAUAUAAUUGGUAUUUUAUUAUUAUUUAAUAUAUAGAAAUAAUACCUUUAGCAUAUUCUAUAAUAUAAGAAAUCCCAAAAUAAUAAUAUGUAAAUAAAUUUGGAAUUGCUAUUAAAUGUGAUAAAUUAAAAAUAGAAGUCUAAUUGUUUUUUGAUACUCAAAUAGAAUUACAUUAACUUUAUUGUCCUUAUUCUUAGAAAUAUUAAAUUUUAAAUAAUAAUAAUAAUAAAAAAUAACAUAUUGAAUGUGUUAAUAAAUCAUUAGGAUUGAAAUUAUCAAUUCAAUAAUUCUAAUUAGAUAAUAUUUCUAUUUCAAAUUUAAUUAUUCAUGAUUCAUUAUCUAAUUUUAAAGGAGUAAUCAAAUGUCAUGAAAUUCAAUUUUAAAAUACAACUACAAUAUAUUAAAUUUGUGAAAACAUCCCCUUUACUCUUGAUGAAUAUCUAUCAUAAAUAAAAUAAUUAAGUGGUAUGAUAAUUAUAAUCUAUAUAAUAGAAUUCUAAAUAAGAUUAAUAGCUAAAUAAUUAUUGGUUAUCUUUCAUUAUAUUCAUAUGAUGGGUGUGAUUAUAGUUUGUUUGAAUCCAAAUUAAAUAGGAGUUAUUCCAAAUAAACAAGAACCAGAUUCAAUUGAAAAAGUAGCCAUUUGCAAUUUCACUUAUUCAACAUAUCAAUUUAAACUAUAUAAUAGAUAAAAAUUAUCUGAAUUUGCUUCACCUGAAGUAAGUACAGGUUAAAUGUUUGAUGAAUCUGUAGAUUCCUAUUUAUUAUACAAAUUAUUAAUGUAUAUAAUUAGAGGAUAACAGAUAUCUCCAAAAUUUAAGGAUUUUUUGAAUAAAUUAGAGAAAAGAAUUCCAAUUGAGAAAGUCUUGUUACAUGAUGUGUUUAAGGAUGAAACAAUAACUAAAAAAGCAAUUGAAAACAUGGUUAUAUUGAAGAACUGA